UACUCCUUACAGAAGGUGGAGGUUCAGCACCAUGGAAAGCUGCAACAUGUUGGGGCUCCUCCUCUGUGUGAGUGUGCUCCUGCUCCUCUGCCAGGGGCAAUCGUCUAGAGAGCUUAGCUCAGCAGAAGACUAUCCGGCCAAAACUCCCAACGCCUCUACUGAGAAGGAACUGUUUGAAGCAGUGGAAGAAAUAUUGGGCAAACUCCACAACGCUAUAUCCCCGUCUUAUGAGAAGAAAGCUGGGCAGAUCCCUAAGUGUGAUAUUGGGGACAGAUGUGCGAUUAAACAAGGUCCAAGAAUUGGCAAGCUGUGCGAUUGUGCUCGAGGCACUACCUGUAACUCCUUCCUCCUCAAAUGUAUCUGAUGAAACAGAUGACUUUUGAAUGCAAGAGAAGAUCUUCAAGAUGGACAAUGCAACUCGUCCACAUAUUUAAUAUGAAACUAAUGUACAUUGAAACUGACAACGUGCCAUCCAUUCUUGUGCAAAUAAUAUUGUGCUGAUGUGACUUAUGCCACUUUUAUGGAGAGAAACAUAUUUUAUUCUACCAUUGGAACAAAUGUAACUAUUUCAUGCCUAAUAAAGUACUA